UUGUCUGGACCUGAAAUGACCCCGAAGCCCGGCCCUGUCCCACCCUGUACCUCACUUCCAUUACCCCCACCCCCUCCAGGACCAUCAGACAAGCCUCCCUGGGAGCCACCACCUCAAGCUCCCAUUUCUUCACCAUUCCCUCCUGGUAGCCCUCUGGUUCUGUCUGCUUUCCCUAGUACACUGUUGGUGACAGGGGAUGGGGGAGCAGGCCCUAGUGGGGGUGGCGCUGGUAAGGUCAUCGUCAAAGUCAAGACAGAAGGGGGACCAGCUGAGGCGCCCCGUACUCAGACCUUUAUCCUUACUCAGACUGCCCUCAACUGGAUUGCCCCAGGUCCCCCCCGGGGGGGCCCUGAAGGCCCCACACCUCGAUUUCUAGCAGCCACCAAUGUCAAGACCAUUCUCCUUGCUAAGGCUGUUGGGGUGGCCCAGGCUAGUGAAGGAGAGGGGCCCCCUACCCAUCCUCCCUUAGCCCCGCCACCCACUGCCCAAUUAGCUCCUAUUGUACCCCCAGAAAAGGCUUGGAGGGGGCUAGAUGGAACUCCUGGGGAGGGAGGCCCACCACCACCUCGUCCCAAACCCUCCCUGGGUGACCUUUCCUGCACCUCCAAGGGUGUUUAUGAGAACUUCCGUCGCUGGCAACGUUACAAGGCGCUGGCCCGGAGACACCUACCCCGGAGCCCUGAUGCAGAAGCCCUUUCCUGCUUCCUCAUCCCAGUGCUUCGUUCCUUGGCCCGGCUAAAGCCAGCUAUGACUCUGGAGGACGGAUUGCCACGGGCGGUGCAGGAGUGGGAGCGCAGUAGCAACUUUGACCGAAUGAUCUUCUACGAGAUGGCAGAAAAGUUCAUGGAGUUUGAGGCUGAGGAGGAAAUGCAGAUUCAGAAGGUGCAACUGAUGAGUGGAUCUCAGUGCUUGCCUCCUCCAACCCCUCCCAAGCUUGAACCCCCAGGACCCCCAGUCCCUGAGAUUUGCCAGCAACAAGUUUAUAUCCCAAAGAAGGCGGCCUCUAAGAGUCGCCCCCCACGUCGUCGCCAACGCCGGCCUCCUCGCCCCUCUGCCCCUGAAGCACCCAAAGAGAUCCCACCAGAAGCAGUGAAGCAAUAUGCUGACAUCAUGGCUGGGCUGGUGGGAGUGCCCCAUCCUGCCACAGGGGAGCCAGAGGGGAAACAAGAAGAAGAAGAGGAGGAGGAGGAAGAAGAGGAGGAGGCCUAUCCUGAUCCUGGUCUGUUGAGUUACAUCGAGGAGCUAUGUGCUCAGGAUGUCUUUGUCUCCAAGGUGGAGGCUGUGAUUCACCCUAGGUUUUUGGCAGAGGUGCUGUCACCAGAACAACAGAGGGAUCCCUUGGCCCUAAGUGAGGAACUAGAACAGGAAGAGGGACUCACUCCUACUCAGCUGGUGCAGAAGCGGCUCUUAGCCUUGGAAGAGGAGGAGGAAGAGGAGCCCCCAAGUUGCAGUGGGGCCCAAUCAGACUCCAGCCCCUCUCCAUCUGAUGAGGAGGAAGAUGGGGGUGGGCGGCUUCGACCCUCACCUGGGGCUCGUAUGGCAGGGGGCAUUGUCCGCCUGGGGAAAACAGCUUCUCCAGGAAAACGGGCAAGGGGAGAAGGGCAUGGUGGGCAGGACAGAGCAGCAGAGGGCCCAAGGGGCCUAGGAAGGGAUAGUAACACUUUGCCAUCCCCUAGUAGUUGGGACCUUCGGCUAGAGAUCUCCACUCCACGGGUAACUAGGGGACUUUUGGGGGUGGAGGGCAGAGGGUCUGGGAAGGGUACUACCCUGGUGUCUUUAUAUCAGGAAGGCCACUCAGGGGGGCCUGGAGACCAAGGGGACCAUUUAGUGACUGAGGGGAUCCUAGAAUCCUCUCCUCACAGCUGGCAGAAAGGACCUCAUCUGGAGGCAGCCACCCAUUUGGAGGCUGGACCCCUAGAACCAGUUGACUUCACUACUACUCCACAAGGUCAAGGAAUGGGACAAGUCACAGGUCUCAGGAAGGGAUGCCAGGUGGCAGGUCUUGGGAUGCUUCCUCAAGGGAAGGAGCCAUCUUCUGCUCCCCAGGAAGAGGCUGUGAUGGGGACUUCUUGGAGAGAUGAUAGAGGAGCUCCCAUGAUCAAAGGCUUUGGCCAGAGUCCCUCUUCCAGAGCAUCUGGGGAUAGGGAGAGGACCCCAUUCAGCUCAGCCCCUUGGGUGAGUAGCAAGGGGGACUCCACAAAUUUGGAAGUGGUCUCAGGACAGAUUGAGGGGAUCAAAGAAAAAUCUCAGUAUGUAGAGUGCAUAACAGAGUCCCAGGGUGGCUGCCAUGCUCCAGGUAACCAAAACCACAUUUCUUUCUUGGGGCUUGGAGAAAGUAUUCCUCUUGGAGAGACAGAAAAAAGUAUGACUUCCUCUGGGGACAAGGAUGACACAAGUCCCCUAGAAAAUGGUAACAACUGCAACCUUUCAGGGCCUCUGAGGGCCAGCAGCCCUGUCUUAGGGAUUGGAGGACACACCUCUGGAAAUGGAGGGAACUCUAGUGAUUUGUAUCCUGGAGGUAACUCCUCAAUAAUAGAGGGCAAAAAUUGUGCCUCUGACCUUGAGUCUGCCAAAAACACUCUCUCCCCCAGAUGUCAAGACCAUGACCAACUCUUAGGGUCUGUAGAAGGUUCCUCCCUUCCAGGGAUGAGGCAUGAUGAUAGCAUAGCAGGCAGUAAAGAAAACUCAAGUUCCCCUUUACUGGGAACCACUGAGAAUGUCAACUUACUGGAUAUCAGAGAUGACCAUGACCUCCAGUUAGUUAUUGGAGUUAACUGUAGCUCACCAAAAGGUAAAUGUUAUGAAUGCCAAAGAGAGAGCAGAGAUGAUUUUGGUCUAUCAAAGUUCAAAAAUACAAGUUCCUUACAAGGAACCAAAGGUGACUCUAACACACAAGAGUCCCAUCAACCAGCCUCCCUUAACCAGUGUGUUGGGGACACCUCUGCAACAGUAGAAACUGGUGACCAAGUAGCUCUUGGAGAAACUUCCUCUCCAGGAAAGGAAACACUUGGACCAGUAGAUAGGGUUGGCAAAGAACAACAGGAGGAAGAUGAAGAUGAUGAACUUUCUAACUUUGCUUUCCUCUUGGCGUCUAAACUUAGCCUGUCCCCCCGGGGGCUGCCCCUCAGUCCUCUCCCUGACUCUGGAGUGGCUAGGGGACCUAGCCAAGUGUCUCGCCCACUGUCUCCAGAAGUGUUAGGCCUCAGUCAACUUCCAUCACCCAUACUCAAGUCUGUGAAACGUUCUCUGGGUGGGGGACCGUCUCCUGCAGACAAAAGACCCCGCCCAGGGGGUGAAGUGGGCAUCUCUGGGGAACUGUCCUUGAAUUUGGGGGAAGCAAGGACCUCACAGUCCCGAAAGAGACGGCGUGAGGGUUAUGUCCCCGGGAGGAGAAAGAAGCGGAGGCGGAGCUUAUAG